CCAUAGGGUCACAGCCCCACAGAAUGACCACCCACCACAGAGUGACCCCCCAUAGGGUCCCCCCCCCCCUCCCCGUCCAGGGGGUCCCGUCCUCCCUGCGUUGCCGCCCUGGACCUCCGAGCCGCCAGGGGGCGCUCUCUUCUGCCAGCAAGGCAGAAGAGCCCUGCUCUUGCGCCACUUCCGGCGGCGGCUCACUUCCGGCGUUCGCUUCCGCUUCCGCCACCUCCUCCUCGCUGCCGCCGCGGAGCCCGGGAGAGCCGCGCGCGCUCGGGCCGCUUCCGGUUCCAUUUCCGCUUCCGGCCGGGCCGGCUGAGGGGAGCGGAGCGGCGGCGGCCGCGGGCCCUGCUCGGCUCCCGGAGCCCGCUCCUCUGGCGCUGCCCUCACACCGCAUCCCGCCGCCGCCGGGCCUCUUCCCGCGCCCGCUUCUGCCGCUGCCCGGGGCCGAGGCGGCGGCGCUGCCCCCCAUGAGGAUGGAGGCCCGGGAGGCGGCGCGGGCCCGGCCCGGCCCGGCCUUCAAAGGCUUCGGCCCCGAGAGCAAGUUUUUCCUCCCCAAACUCAGCAACUUCUCCUGCCCUGCUGGGAACUCCUCCUGCUCCCUCAGCUACGCCCCAGAAAUUCCAGAAAGAUUCCCGGGAGCCAACGGGCAGUGGAGGAGCUCCAAGCCCCGGGGCAGCCGAGGCUCCUUCCUGGAGACGCGGAAAAAUUCCAGUGGCAAUUCCAGCACUUUUGGGGGAAAGGCCGCCCUCCACGGAGCCUCUUUCCCCCUGAAGCCGGCCCCGAGCCCCUCCUGGAGCCGCCGCAGCCCCAAGAAAGCCCCGCGGCGCUUCCUGAGCGCGGCCGAGGAGACGGUGCGGGAGGAGGAGCGGGAGAUUUACCGGCAGCUGCUGCAGAUGGUGACCGGGAAGAGAUUCUCCAGCUGCAAACCCUCCCCGCUGCUCCCCUUCCACCUGUCCACUGUCCCCCGUUCCGGCCCCUCCCUGCCCCAGGAGGCUCCCAGGGAUGAUCCCGAGGCACUGGAAAUUCACAAAAUUCCGGGUCCUGUUCCACAUUCCCCGGAGCUGCCCCAGAAUUCCCAAAAUCCCCCCCUGGGCUCCUCCCCGGGGUUUCCUGGGGGGUUCCAGCCCCGGAAUUCCGCGGCCCCGCAGCAGCGGGAGGAGGAGCCGGGAGCUGAGGCGCAGAGCGAAGGGUCAGAUUCCGUCAUUUUGCUCAAGGUCAAGGAUUCCAGGACUCCGGCUCCGAGCCCCCCCUUUUUCCAUGCCGAGCUAUGGAUCAAAGAGCUGACCAGUGUCUAUGAUUCCCGAGCCAGAGAGAGGUGGAGGCAAAUAGAGGAGCAGAAAGCUCUGGCCCUGCAGCUCCAGAGCCAGCGGCUCCAGGAGCGCGAGCGCUCCGGGCAGGAGCUGGUGGAUCUGCACCUGCGCGUGCCCCUGGAGAAGGAGAUCCCGGUGGCCCUGGGGCCGCAGGGCCCGGAGCGCGCCCGGCACGACGAGGAAUUCCCGGAGAUCACCGAGGAAAUGGAGAAGGAAAUCAAGAGCCUGUUCCGAGGAGGGAACCAGGACGAGGUGCUGAGCGAGGCUUUCCGCCUCACCAUCACCAGGAAGGACAUCCAGACCCUCAACAACCUCAACUGGCUCAACGACGAGAUCAUCAAUUUCUACAUGAAUUUGCUGAUGGAGAGGAGCAAGGACAAGGAUUUGCCCGCAGUCCACGCCUUCAACACCUUUUUCUUCACCAAAUUAAAGACUGCAGGGUACCAAGCUGUGAAAAGGUGGACAAAAAAAGUGGAUAUUUUCUCUGUGGAUCUGCUCCUGGUGCCCAUCCACCUGGGAGUGCACUGGUGCCUGGCUGUUGUGGAUUUCAGGAAAAAAACCAUCACCUACUACGACUCCAUGGGGGGGAUCAACAGUGAGGCCUGCAGGAUCCUGCUGCAGUACCUGAAACAGGAAAGUUUGGACAAGAAAAGGAAGGAAUUCGACACCAACGGAUGGACCCUGCUGAGCAAGAAGAGCCAGGAGAUCCCGCAGCAGAUGAACGGCAGCGACUGCGGGAUGUUCGCCUGCCGCUACGCCGAGUGCAUCUCCAAGGACAAACCCAUCAACUUCACCCAGCAACACAUGCCCUAUUUCCGGAAGAGGAUGGCCUGGGAAAUCCUGCACAGGAAGCUCCUCUGAUGCCAGAAAAAUCCUGAAAUUCCACGGAUUUGGAUCAGAAGAAUCCCAGGAUUCUCCUGGGGACGCAGCCAAGGAACUCCGGGUCCUGCUCUUCCCAAAAACCCCCCCAGAUUUGGGGGGAAUAGAAAAGUUUGGAAGCACA